GUUUGUGUUUACAGGUGAUGGAGGUGUGGUGGAUUUCUUCAAGUCAGGAGUAUUAAAGGAAGUUUAAAUGCUUUUAAAAUGUUUAAUAUUAGGGGAAUUUUGAAUCGGAAGAGUGACCAGUCCAAGAGUCCCGAAUCCCGCACAUCGGACGAUGGGCCAGACAGCGAUGCCAGCUCUGCAGAGGGCUUCCUGUGUCCCUCGUGCCUCAAGGCCUUCCCCAGCCCUGACCUGCUCCAGACUCACUACGAGAGCCACCACCCUGAAGAAGGGGGCGCCACCUCCCACCCCUGUCCGGCCUGCAAGAUGAAGAUGGGCUCCGAGGCAGAGCUGCACUCGCACUUCGCAAGGCACCACUCGGACAAGAAGGACGGGUUUGAAAUCGAAGUGAUGAGUCUGCAAGUGAAGGCGCUCGAAGAAGGAAAGGCCUUGCUGCAGGACGAACUGGCAGCAGUCAGGCUGCAGUCUUCGGAACUGCUCAAGGAGAACUGCCGCGUGAGAGAGGAGAGAGAUGGACUGGAGCUCAAGGCAGCAACCCUGGCAGGCGAACUCGCACAUCUGAAAGCCGAAUUUGACGAAACCAAGACCAAAAAAUCGUCUGCCGAAUCGGCCCUAAGAAUGGCAGAAGAGAAGAUCAAGAAACUGGAGGUGGAAAUCCAGCAGAGGCCCGAGGCGGACGAUGUGAGCCUGUUGCAGCAGGAGCUGGUGUCUGUGCAGAAGAUGAUGGACCGUCUCACUUUGCAGAGAGAGGGGGAGAAGGCAGAGCUGCAGGAGCAGUGCGAUGCACUCAGAGACACAUCCGACAGGCUGCUGGCUGAGAAGACAGAAUGGGAAAAUCGGUACAGGGCCUGUCCCAAGAAGGAAGAAAUCGACAGCCUGCAGGAGAAAAUAUCCAAGAUGAGUGAAGAGGUGUCCAGGCUGCAGAGCGAGAAGGAGAAUGCAGAGGCAGAGUGCAAGAGGCUUCGUGCAUCCUUGGAGAAGUUUGGAAACUACGAGGAGCUGAGAGCAGCCGCGGCAGAGAAGGAUAGAGAACUGAGGGAUGCCCUACAGUCUGCUUCCAACAAGGACGCCCUGAUCUUGAAGCUGGAGGAAGAAGUGAGGAGCUCCAAGAGGAGUGUGGAAGAGAUGAAAGCUGGCAGAGAAAAGCUCUUCUCCAAGAUUGAAGAAGGGGAAGGCGCUAGUGUGGCCAUUCUGCAGCUCAAAGAAGAGAAUGCCAGACUCCAAGAGCAGUUUCUCCAUCAACAGACCCUCUACGGGAAGACUGCACACGAUAACGAACUCAAGAUGGAAGAACUCAGGUCCGCCCUUCACAAGGCCAGCUACGAGCUUCAGAUUUCCAAGGAGAGGUGCAAGGAGUUGGAGUCGGAAGCAGAAGAAGCCAGAUCUCGCAUCUCAGAGUUGCGACUCCAGAAGGACGAGUCUUCCAGGGAACUCAACCAGCAGAUCGCGGGCCUGACCGCCAGCCAAUCCGCAGACAGGGCACGGCUUCUGACCUUGGAGGAGGAGCUGGAGGCGGAGCGGAAGGAGGCGGCCCGAGCGACGCUAUUGGCCGAGAACCUGCGCGCAGACCUAGAAAAGGAGAAGAAGCGGGCCGAGAGGCUGGAGCUGGAGAAGCGGGAGCUCGAGAAGCGGAGCUCCGCCCUGCCGGCCGUGCGGGCGGAGCUGCUGGAGAGGGAGAAGAAGCUGACGGAGGCGCUGCAGGAGCUCCAGAGGAAGGAGGGGGAGCUGGAGACGCUGAAGGGGGAGCUGCAGGAUAGGGAUUCUCGGCUCGAGAGCGUAGAGUCCACCAAAGCCGACUUCUGUGCCAAGAUUUCGGCUCUCAGCGAAGACCUGAUGCAAUCCAGGCUCAGCGAAUCAGAGCUCAAGGACCGACUCCGAACCACGGAACAGUUGAAAAGCGAUCUUCAGGGAAAGUGUUCGUCUCUGGAGGAAGAGAUCAAGGGGAUGCGGAUUUCGGUGACGGGUCUGCAGAAUGAAAAGAACUCCCUGCUGAGCCAGUUGGAGGAGGAGAGGCGAAAGCAGGAGGAGGGGGCCCGGGGCCUGGACUCCCUCAGGGGCCAACUGGAGGAAGGGGCUCGUGCCCUGGAGGGAGAGAAAGAGAGAGCCAGCCAGGCUCUGAGGGACUUGGCCCUGUCCAAGGAGAUGUACCUCAAAGCAAAAGUGGAGUGGCAGAAAGAGAAGGAAAAACUGGAGAAAGAUCAUCAAAAGAAACUGUCUGAACUGGAAGAGGAAUUGCAAGUGCAGAGCUUCAAAUGGAAGGAACAGGUAGAAGCCGUGGAAGCACUGAACCAAUCUCUGGAGGAGAAGGAGCGUGAGCUGGAGGAGGGUCGGCGAACGUGGCAGUCCCUCGAAGGUCGUUUGAAGGGCAGGCUGUCGGUCCUGGAGGAGAACUCCCGCACCCUGGGGGAGGACCUGGCCCAGGAGCAGAGGAGGAGGAAGGACCUGGAGGAGAAGGCGGAUGAGUUACAGGGCCUCAGGCUGGAGCUGGAAGCGAAACUGGAGAAUGCCCUGGAUGAGAGAAGGGGCCUGCUAGAGAGGUGCCUGCGCAGCGAGGGCGAGUGCGAGCGUCUGCAGGCGGGAGCCUCAGAGACCCGGCGCCGCUACGAGGACUGCGUGGCCGCCCUGCAGGAGCUGGGACGGGAGAAUCAGACGCUGCAGGUGGAGAACAUGAAGCAUGUGACCCGCAAGUGGGCCGAGGAUGCAGAGGUGACCCACUGCACUGCCUGCGGGAAGCUAUUCACAGUCACCAUCCGUAAGCACCACUGCCGCAACUGUGGCUCCAUCUUCUGCAACGAGUGCUCCGCCCGGACGGCCACGGUCGCCGCCUCCAAGAAGCCCGUGCGCGUCUGCGACGUCUGCUUCGACGAGGUCACCAAGUAGAGGUGAGU